GAAAUUUUAAAAAGAUUAAACAAAAACACACACACACACACACACUUUUAUUACAAAAAGGUUCAACAUUUGCCUUUUCCUCUUCUCUAAAAACUGCCUUUUUGUUUUUGAUCUUCUUUCUUGCUAUUCAUUCAAUUCCUUUACCAAUCCCCAUGUAUUAUAUAUAUAUAUACAUAUACGCAACCACCUUCUUUCUAUCCUGAAUUUUCCUCCAACUAAUUAAAAACCUUUUGCAUUAUUGGCAUUUCCAUAUCUCUCACCAAGAAAUUCUCUCCCUUUCUCAAACCCUCCAAAGAUUUCACCAGGAGAUUUUUUUUUGUUCAGUUCUGAAGAAUUUUGGGUGUUGUUUGAUUAUCUUUUAAUGCAUGGCUCAACUACCACCCAAAGUUCCAUCCAUGCCACAGAAUUGGCCUUCUUCCUUCCCUUUCCAGAUGAUGCCAUUGCCUUCCUCCACCCCGCCACAGAAUUCCUCCUCCUGGGUUGAUGAAUUCCUUGAUUUCUCCUCCGCUCGCCGGAGCGCUCACCGGCGGUCUGCCAGCGAUUCCAUUGCCUUCGUGGAGGCCCAAUUCGUUGAGGAAUGCAGGAAUUCAUCCAACCCCAGAAACAAUUCCUCAUCAUGCAACAAUAAUGGUCACGGCGGCGGCUUUGAAGGAUUGGAUGAUGAACAGCUCCGGAAUAUGUUCUCCGACGACGUCGCCGCCGCCGCCACCGGGCCUUCCACCCUUUCCUCUUCCAAUCCGUCCAGCACUAAUCCCUCCACCCCGUCGGAUCAGAACAGCGACAAUGACGAGAAGAAUGUGGCCAAUCAAGAUCAAAAUGACAUUAAUUUACAGCGGAAAAAUGAAACAGGGGAUGUGGACAUUUCAAGCCGAUUAGAAUCUCCUUCCAAUCCUUCCUCAAAUGUCGUCUCUCCUGAUGCCAUUGUUGAUCCCAAAAGAAUAAAAAGAAUUUUGGCCAACCGGCAAUCAGCUCAGAGAUCAAGAGUAAGGAAGCUGCAAUACAUCUCAGAGCUUGAAAGGAGUGUCACAACUUUGCAGACAGAAGUGUCAGUAUUGUCUCCAAGGGUGGCCUUUUUAGAUCACCAGAGAUUGAUUCUUAACGUUGACAACAGUGCACUUAAGCAAAGGAUUGCUGCUUUAGCACAAGAUAAAAUUUUCAAAGAUGGUAAGAAAUUAUUUUUUCUAAUUCAUUUGCAUUUUUUAUGAUUUGGGUCUGUGCUACGUGAUUUCAAUAAUGAUUUGACUUGAGUUUAUAAAAUUGACAUAAUUAGUGAACAGCAAGGAAGGUGGACUUGCAUUAAUUAAGUGUUUUUCUUUUUUUGGUGAUUGAGAGAAUCUUUAUAGGCAUGUGCAAUCACUGUCAAUAAGUUUUUUCAAUUCAUGGGUUUUGUCUAUUUGGGACAAUAAAUUAAUAAUGUGAUUAACCUGAAUGAUUCAAAUGAUCUCUACUGUGAUUAGUUGAGCUGCACUAAUGUUUUGAAAUUCAAAUGCUGUUAGUGGGAAAUUGUACAUGACUUGUUAGUUGAUGACAAUUAUGUCGAUUUUUCACAAGUUGGCUUACUAUUUCUCACACCUUUUUCAAUCCAUUAUUUCACCCCCACCACAUAAUUGAUCCCUUUGAAAUGUGGAACUUCGGUGUCACCAUUACUAAUAUCAUCUCUACAUUUGAAACUUCUUACAUUUAUAAAUGAUUGGCUCGAAUUCGAAGAAUUAGUGGCAUGAUUUGCCUGAAAAACCAUUGAAUAAAAUCUGAUGUUCUUCUUUGAGGAGUGAAUUAAUGUUUGAUGUUUCUGUAUUUAACUAGCUAUCGCUAAUUACUUGUUAUGCAUUUUGACAUCAACACACAGCCCAUCAAGAAGCGCUGAGAAAAGAGAUAGAGAGACUGAGGCAAGUGUAUCAUGAUCAAAAUGUGAAGAAGAUGGGCAGCAAUAAGAAUGACAAUGGUGGUGGCAGCAACACUAAUGAAGCAUCCCAUUCCCCACCAACAACACCAACACCAUUGCAGCCAAACUUUAACAAGACUGCUUCUGCUGCUGCUGCUGCAACUGGUGCUUGUACGGAUCAAUAAUACCACGUGCAAAUGUUGCACUACUACUAUUACUACUGCUGAUUUUCUUGAUUGAAGAAGAAAAAAAAAUUUAGUACCCGAAAGGAGUAAGUAGAUGAUGGAUGCUGAUGAUGAUAGAGCUCUUCCUUUCCCCCUUUUUAAUUGUGUAGAGAAAGAGGACCGAUCUCACGUGCUGUGUUCCAAUCUCUCUUCCUAUCGUUCAAAGAAGUGGACCCCUUUGACAAGGCCUUGAUGGAUUGGAGCAACUAGGGUUUUUUUAUUUUAUUUAUUUACUUUUUUUGCUAAUUUUCUAUUUGAUUUUUUUUUUUUUUUGGUUGUUGUAGGAGGAAAAAGGGGAAAAAAAAGAAAAGAAAAGAAAGAAAGAUGCUAGUGUGUUCUUAGCUAGGAUAUGGCAGUUCAUCGUUGCCAGAAAAAGAAGAAGAAAAAAAAAAUCUGACAAACUCGGAGUUUUAUUAUUUUAUUUUUGUUGGAUUACUGAGUUUAGGGGUACUUUUCUAAUGUAAUUGUAAAUUACUACUACGCAAUAUAUUAUUGGAUUAAUUAAUGUAAACACUUGUUGAGUUUUUCAUUUUCUUCUAAUUGUUAUGGACUGGGUUUUAUACUGGAGAAGACAAGACCAAGGCUCCUGGGCCAUUUUAAACUUGUAUGUUUUCACCCUGAAUUCUGGCCCAAUAUAUUAACGCUUCC